AUGUCCAGUGUUGCUCAGAAAAGACCAUUUGCUAGUCUUGUAGACGAUGACCAAACCGAGUCGACUCCUCCACCUUCUCCACCCUCUGAACAACCACAACCAUCCGUUCUAAUGUCAUCAGCGGAAAAGAAGUGGUGUUUGCAAACCAUCAAAUCACUUAAAAAGCAUAAGAGAGCCGUCGCUUUCCUCCAACCUGUGGACCCAGUUUUGUUCAAUAUUCCUGAUUAUUUCGACAUUAUCAAAUCACCUAUGGAUCUCGGUACUAUAGAGAAAAAACUAAAGGCAGAUCAGUAUCCAAAUGUAGCAGCAUUCAAAGCAGAUGUACAGUUGGUCUUUCAGAAUUGCUACCUGUAUAACAAUCCUGGAGACCCUGUAACUCAGGAUGCUAAAAAACUUGAGGAACACUAUCAGAAACUGUGCAAAAAAGAGCCUGUUGUGAUGCAAGCGACAGCACCAGCAGCACAACCGCCUACAAAGAUAAAGAUAUCUGUUCCUAAGCCUGCUGCAUUGACAACAACUACACCAUACAAUGAUCAUACUUAUCCAACAGAAUAUCUACCACCUCAACCUCAACCGCAUCACCAUUCAGAUUCAAUAUCGUCUACACACUUGGACAUCGACAUGGAUGAUUAUACUGCACCAGAGCAACAGGCAUCAAGGCCACGAAUAAAGGUGAAAUUGCCCACACAGCCGACGCCUGACAUCGAGACAGACACAUUAUCCGGCCCAACUGCACCAGUCGAUGCAGUCAUGACAGAGCCUUCAUCUAGAACAACUCAUCCUACAACAGGCGUCAUGCCAGAAGAUCAAUUCAAACGCUGCGAAGCCAUCGUCAAGGAGCUCAAAAAAGAAAAAUACCAGGGCAUGAAUUGGCCGUUUCUCAAUCCUGUCGAUGCGGAUGCUUGGGGAGCUUCAGACUACUACGACAUUAUCAAAGAGCCCAUGGAUAUGACAACAUACGAACGAAAACUCUAUGAGUACCAAUAUUCGAACGAGGAAGAAUUAGCUGAGGAUAUUCGACUGAUGUUUCGCAACUGCUACAAGUACAAUCCGCCCAACCACCUUGUACAUACCCUUGGUCAAGAAUUUGAAGAGAUAUUCGAGAGACAAUGGGCGAAAUUACACGGUAUCAAAAAGAAAUCCUCAAAGCAUCACUCCUCAAAAAGAAGACGUACUUCACACACUGUAGAUACUCCCACCUCCAAUACGACUCCUGUACAACAACAACCUACUAUACAACCAUUACAACACUCUCCAGAUGCAUCCACCACCACCAGAAGCGAUGCCACUGCCUCAUCAUCAUCCAGCAUAAAAAUCAAUACUAAUAAUAACAGCAAUAACCAAGGCCGAUCCACCAUUUUACGAUUAAAGUUGAAUGGUCCAAACGUCAAAAAGGAGGAAGAGCAGCCAAAGCCAAAGCCCAUGGUCAAGGUGCCUGGAUUAGCCCUGUCAAAGGAGCCUCCACCUUCUGCUACUGCUGCCAUGUCUAGCAGUGGGCCCAAACUAGCUAUUGGCAUCAAACCACCAUCUCCCAUCAAGGACAAAAAGGUAGAGAAAUCCACACCUACUGUCCUGCAAAAUCAUGAUAAAUGGCUCGCACUUGCCAAGAAAUCACCCGCUGAACCUGCUUCAGCAACCGCCGCCACUACGACACCACACAAACCUCAUCCACACCAGACACAUAAUACCACGCAUAGCAAAAAACCAAAAGAAUUAAUCUCGCCCAGUGUCUCUUCCUCCAACUUACACCAUCAAUCGCCUCCUCCUUCUGCUGCUGCUGCUGCUGCUGCUGCUGCUGCUGCUGCUGCUCCUCCGCCAGCUCCUAAACCUCAACCUCAGGCAUUUGACAUCAAUGUCAUCUACAACCAAAUCAACAAUCAGAGAAAGUUGAAAGAGCAACAAAAACGAGAAGAACAAGAUAGAUGGGAAAAGAAUGAAAAGAUUCGAUUAGAAAAGGAACGUAUUCAGAGUGAGGCUCGCUUACAUAAGCUAAGAGAGCUCAACCAACAAUCGCAAAUACGGCGACAGCAAGACAAAAAGGAUAGACAACGUGAACUUAAUGCGUAUUCCAUUGAUAUCAGUAAGCAAAAGAUGGCGUUUGCCAAGUUUGAAUCGUCCUAUUUGGCACGAGACCAAGAUUGGCGAGAGAUAUACACCUGGCAACGAGACACAAACGAUUACCGUCAUAUACCUGUCCCUGGCUUUGUAAAGAGAGCUCCCAUCAAAAUAGCAGAGCUUCGUAAGCGACUACUGAGUAAGUGUGUUCGAUUGGAGAACUCCAAGAGUAACGACCAUAGCCCUGAGGCUAUAAAUGGUAAUGGCGAAUUAUCAGAUAUGGAUGUCGAUUAA